CCAGGAUUAGAGAUAUGUAAACUCCGCUUCAUUAAUGCAAAGUCUGUCUGAUGGUGUGACGCCAGAUAGGUCAGCUAAUAGCUUCAAACACUGUCAUUUAUUAGUGGCAGUGAAGGCGUCACGACGGCACUGUUUUUAUGCCCAUGUGCUAUUAGCCAGUUGGCUAGCAGCCUCAGUUCGGGGUGAUUGAGCUACAAACUGAAGUCGGCACGUCUCGGUCGUUGUUCCAGCAGCACAAACAAAUCUCCUAAAUACAGCCAGGUUUGGCAGCUAACGUAGGAAUAAGUCGAGCUAAUGUGAAACACUGACAUGCUAACACACUUUGCUUCCCUGUGAAGUAGUUGUGUAACUUGUUGUUCCCUAAAAUUUGGAAAUGAGGCUGAAGUUCAGUCAGGAGAAAGCCAGAUCACUCCUGGAGUUGUGCUGAUGUAUCACGCUAAAAUAAAUAAAUAAGAGGUGAACAAUGACAUUGGACUGAGCGGCUGGAAAGCUUUCUGUCUGACAAUGUCAGAGAGAGGAAUGGAGCAAAGGUCAACAUUUUCUCUUACUCGCCAGCAGCAGCAUGUAGCUUUUUAACCAGCUCGUCGGAUGGUUCGUUCUCUCCAGUUCAGCCCUCUCUGACACAGAGAGGCAGAGGAGUUGAGUUUGUUUUCUUCAUAAAUUCCAGGUGGAAAGUCGGCAGCUUUUCUUAUCGAAAAGAAUCCUUGCAUGCUGAUUCGAUAGCGUGAGGGGGGGAAGAAAAAGUUACACGCCUGUGCAAUGGUAGCAGAGGACACAGCAGGAAGUGGGGACAGAUCAGAUGGGGAGAAAGAGAUGGAUCAGAAAGCAUCUGAAGACGCCGAGCGGCAGGAAGACGGGGAUGUAGCGAUGGCCGCCACUGCCGCAGAGUCUCCCUCUGGAGAGGAUGAAGCCAGAGAUCCCAGAAAGUGGAAGUGGUCUGUGAUUUUCUUGUGUUUCUACGGGUUUAUGUCAUCCAUAAAACCCGGGGAGCCCUUCAUCACGCCAUAUCUGCUGAGCCCUGAGAAGAACUUCACCAGAGAGCAGGUGACCAAUGAGAUCACUCCAGUGCUGACGUAUUCCUACAUGGCUGUGCUGGUACCAGCCUUCCUGCUAACGGAUCUUCUGCGUUAUAAGCCGGUCCUGAUUAUUCAGGGCGUCAGUCAGGUGAUCAUCUGGAUCAUCCUGCUGCUUGGCGGUACGCUGCUUCAGAUGCAGUUCAUGGAGUUCUUCUACGGCAUCACCAUGGCCUGCCGUGUCGCCUACUCCUCCUACAUCUUCUCCCUGGUCAACCCGGUCCUCUACCAGCGUGUGGCAGGCUACUCGCGCUCCUCAGUCCUCUUGGGGGUUUUCACCAGCUCUAUCCUGGGCCAGCUGUGCAUGUCCUUGGGAAACAUCACCUUCUACACCCUCAACAGUAUCUCUCUGGGGUUUGUCAGCUUUGGUUUGCUGCUCUCACUGUGCCUGCCCUGGCCUAAACGCUCCUUGUUUUUCAACCGGACGAAUCAGGAGGAAAAGGAACUGGUAGAAGUAGCCACCAAAUCUGAACUGGACAAAAUGAACCCAAAAGAUGGAGGGCCAUCCUUUGCUGCCCCCCCAUGUCCUGCGUCAACCUGGAAGGAUUCUGUGUUUAUGCAGAUGCUUCUGGAGGUUAGAAAUGUGCUGAAGAGGCCAAACCUGAGGCUCUGGUCCCUGUGGUGGGUGUUCAACUCCACAGGGUAUUACCUGGUGCUCUUCUACGUCCACAUCCUGUGGAACAAAGUCUACCCUGCCACUGAGAACAAGAACGUUUACAAUGGGGGAGUGGAAGCAGCUUCUACAUUGCUCAGUGCUAUAGCGUCCUUUACAGCAGGCUUUGUCAAAAUUCGGUGGAACAUCUGGUCAGAGCUGGUCAUUGGUAUCAUCACAGCGGUGCAGGCCGGUCUGCUGCUUCUUAUGAGAACCACAGACGACAUCUGGGUCUGCUAUGUUUGUUAUGUACUCUUCCGAAGCUUCUACCAGUUUCUGGUGCCUAUUGCCACUUUCCAGAUUGCAUCGUCACUCACCAAGGAGCUCUGCGCUCUUGUGUUUGGUAUCAACACCUUCUUGGGGACAGUGCUGAAGACCAUUAUCAGCCUGAUCUUUACUGAUAAGAGGGGCCUGGCCUUGGACGUGCACUCUCAGUUUCUGGUGUACUUCUUUUACUUCACUCUUCUUACUGUCGUCUACUUUGCCUGCGCUGCUGUGGUCAUCUGCCGUCACUACCGAAACGAGCGGAGGGGAGGAGUAACCAGGGACCAGCCCACGCCCACGGAGCUCAGCCCUGUGGUGACAAACAAGGAGCUAGAAACUUUGUCUAAUGGCAAAAGUGCCUAACCCUAAACACAAGAGGAGAAACGUGUAGUUCCAUAACAUUGUUAGACCAGUUUUACUAAUAAGCUCGUGAGAGUCACUGAGAUCAGUGUUUUAGCCCCUUCAUACACUCAGGUGGGUUCAGUGAUGCCUCUGAGCCUUAAUCAGAAGUGCCUCAUGUGCAGCGACUCCAAGAGUGCAGCAGCUUGUGUCUGAGGAGAGAUUUUCUAGAGUAAUUUGCUUUUAAAAAAGUUACUUUGGUGUUUUUAGACAUUGCUAAAGCAGCCUGGGACCUUUAAUAUCACAACCAAGAUUUCUUAGAAAACACGAAACAACCUUGUGACAUGCUGGAGUGAUUCUUUUCUAUAGUCAAGGCUCACGAGACACGACCACACUUGUUUUUAACAAAACACUCCUAUUGUACUUUGUUACAAUUACUGUGUUAGUGGCAUUUUUAAAGAACAUGUGAGUAUGAAUGCACCUUAGUUAUUGAUGAUGAUUAUCACAGUCUGACAUCAGUGUUAUGGGAUCGGUAAGAUCUUCACUGCCGAUCAUUUCAAGCAGCACACUGCAGAUUUUGUGCAGUGUACUCUGCUCAAUGCAAUGUCGUCUGGUGUCUGUUUGUAUUGCAGGAGCAGCACCACAGACGAUUGCAAUAAUCUUCAUUUGAUACAAUCAUUUCUUUUUUCUUUUUUUAGGACUAAUUAACAUUUAUACACAUCUUUACAGAAAAUUAAAACCUGUUCUCAAUUUCAGUACCUCAGUCAACUGGAGCUGCUCGUGAGUUUGUCGAUAAGUUCAGUAAACAACAAACCAAGUAAAAUUUGUAAAACCUGAUUUUAUUUAUUUUUGGUCAAUGAAUGGCUGUUUUUCUUUCUUUGCUUGUGUUUAACAUUUAAACAUGCUGGGUCAGUGCUGUAGAGCAGUGGCUCUCAAAGCUGGGUCUGUGAUUCUUUGGAAAAGCAACAUGUCAAGCUUUUUACUUCCACACUUAGUAACUUUGGCUCAAUAGAAGAGCGUGUUACAUAUCAGAAGAUUUAAACAUUAAUAGGAAACUUAAUGAGGGGAUUCCUUUGAAAGGCUCUCCCCUCUAAAUGGCCACUGACCCCAGAGAAUUUCAGAGCCCCUGCUCCGGAGAACACUAGAGGCAACAGGAAGUGCAGCGGAAAUGUUAAGUAGGUUUUAAAAUGACUUUGCUUGAUCACUUAAACAGAAGAUUGAGUUAUUUCUUACAGCAGAUGCAAUGGUAGUUUGUGUUUACUGCAUUGAGUAUUCAGUGGGAUGAUACAUUUACUGUAUAGAUUUGUUCUCUAGCUUCAGUUCAGUGUUAAGUGCAUUUUCACUUGUGUUGUAAAAUCAGGAGUAUCUGCACUGCCAUUGUGUCGUUUUAGUGUUUGAAGGCAGAAUUUUGUGAUUGACAUCAUUGCUGAAAAAUGACUAUGAACAUGUCUGAGUGCUGUAACAAGGAAAUGAGAUGUUUGUUUUUUAUUCACAGAUAAAUUACUGAGUGGAUAAAAACA